AAAGCGUAAACGCGCCGCUGAAUCGCAGUCAGAUACUCAGUUUACCUUUAAGCAAGAGCUUAGGGAUAUUGCCGCUGAAAACCUUGUCCCCCCUGCCGCCUCAGUUGAUGCACCUACAUCUGACGGAAACCCACCAACUAAAGAAGAUAUAGAGGAUGAUAGCCUAUAUGAGGACAAUUUUGAUGUGAAAGCUAAGCUGGGUUUUCAGCUAUAGCUAUCAGGUCGCGCUUUGCCGAAAUCCUUAGAAGAUUUUCUUCAUAUGUAAGUACUGCCAUCAACACAAAAUUAUUAACACAGGAGGAAAGGGUAAGUAUGAUGUUACAUCACAAACAUCUACUACUACGUAAUACUUGAUGGAGAAUAAGAAGAGCUAUAAUCUUCAUCUAAGUGGUAAGAGGGCCUAUAGCCUUCCAGCUAGCCAACAGACUCUCU